UGGCAGCAGCGAGGAGGUGAAUAUGGAUCUGUCCGGUGCCGUGGUUCUGUCCUUAGGCUGGCUGAUGCUGCAGUUCGCUGGUGGGGAACUGGAUUACAUCUCUCAGGGGCAGGGCAUGCAGCUGCAGGGCGACUACUCCAUCGCUGGACUCUUUCCUCUCCACGACACAGAUGGACCAGGUGCUGGUUUGCCUGCUGUGGGUCCAUGCGAUGAAGGUGCCCCCAACAAACAUGGAUUCCACCUACUGCAAGCCAUGAGAUUUGCUGUGGAAGAAAUUAACAACGGCAGCGGACCGCAGCCUCUUUUACCGGGGGUGAAGCUGGGCUACCAGAUGUACGACAUCUGCUCGGUAGCAGCCAGCAUCCUGGCCACGCUGGACCUGCUGGAGCAGCAGUAUCAGAGCCCCUCUACAUCUGAGACAGAGAGCAACACAAACUACAACUACAGUCAAAGGGCCGUGGCUGUGAUCGGGCCAGACAGCAGCAGCAAAUCUUUCACCCCAGCUGCUCUACUGGGAGCCUACCUUGUACCACAAAUCUCUUAUGAAGCAUCAAAUGAAAUGCUGAGCAAGAAGUACCUCUAUCCAGCCUUUCUCCGCACAAUUCCCAGUGACAAGAACCAGGUGGAGGCUAUGAUCCAGCUUCUGAUCCAUUUCAAGUGGACCUGGAUUGCUCUCUUAGGCAGCGACAACGCCUACGGCCUGACGGGCAUGCAGAGCCUGUACGAGCAAGCGCCGCACCACGGCAUCUGCAUCGCCUACCAAGGAGUCAUCCCCUCGUACACAAACGACACAAGCCAGACCAUGAGGAACCUGGUGGAAGGAAUACUGAAGACCAAAGUCAACACCAUUGUGGUGUUUUCCAGCAAGACAAUACUCAGCGGCUUCUUCCCGUUUGUCGUUAAGCAGAACAUGACGGGUAAGGUUUGGAUUGGGACGGAGGACUGGUCAGCAGCUACUCGCGUAUCAAGGAUACCUGGGAUCCACACCAUCGGCACUGUGCUCGGCGUAUCCAUCAAGUAUGCAGCCAUAUCUGGUUUUGAGGAGUUUGAGAGAAAGGUAGUUGAGGCUGCAAUGCAACACAGUGACACCCAGGAAGUCUCCAAUGUUACCACGAGUCCAGGCGAUGACUGUCUACAGAGCAUAGACCUGUACAGCCUCGCCAGGAACAAGUUUUCUCUGGAGAAAUAUGACAUCACCUCCUCCUUCAACGUGUAUAAGGCGGUGUAUGCCGUGGCUCAUGCUCUGCACCAAGCACUUGGUUGUGAUUCUGGAGAGUGUCAACGAAGGAGGGUGUAUCCGUGGGAGCUGCUCUCACUGAUUAAGGAGGUGCGAUUCUCUCUGGGCAACACCUCGGUGUACUUCGACAAGAACGGUGACCCGCCCACAGGAUACGACAUCGUUUCCUGGGUUUGGAGGGGAACCGACUGGUCACUCAGAGUGGUGGGCUCCUUCAGCCCAGAUCCCAUCACGCUCACAGUUGAUGCCGAUCGAAUCGAGUGGCACGACGCGGGAGAUUCAACACCAGUACGACCUAUUGGAGCAUCUGCGCCGCUGUCCAUCUGCUCUCCACCUUGCCCGCGAGGCCACAAGAAGCUGCAGACGGGGCAACACACAUGCUGCUUCGACUGCCAGGCCUGCCCCUCGGCUACAUUUCUCAAUAAAAGUGAAUCCACUUCAUGCCAGCCGUGUGAGCCGGAGCAGUGGGCCCCCCCGAGCAGCGAGCAGUGUCUGAACAGGACCGUCCUGCUGCUGGCCUGGGACGCCCCCCUCUCCAUCGCCCUGCUCUUCUUUCUGGCCACCUGUCUUCUCAUGACCUCCAGCUCCGCGGUAAUCCUGCUGCUCAACCUGAACACGCCCGUGGCCAAGUCUGCCGGAGGCCGCACCUGCCUCCUGAUGCUGGCAGCCCUGACUGCCGCUGCCAUGAGCUCUUUGUGCCAUUUUGGCCGUCCGUCUCCUCUGGCCUGCAUCCUCAAGCAGCCUCUAUUCAUGUUCAGCUUCACUGUGUGCCUGGCCUGCAUCACCGUGCACUCCCUCCAGGUCGUCUGCAUUUUUAAAUUUGCAUCCAAGCUGCCGCCAGCCUAUGACAAGUGGGCCAAAAAACACGGGCCGGAGUUUACCAUUUUCCUGGUGUCCGUCACCAUCUUGGUGAUUUCUGUGGUCCGUGUGGCCGUCAGCCCCCCCCAGCCGUCCCAAGAUCUGAACUUCUACAAGGACAGCAUUGUGUUGGAGUGCAGUAACACCCUCUCACCCGGUCCAGGCCUCGAGCUCGCUUACGUAUCGCUGCUCAGCUUCCUCUGCUUCUCUUUCAGCUACAUGGGCAAAGACCUGCCAGCCAACUACAACGAGGCCAAGUGUGUGACCUUCAGCCUGAUGGUGUACAUGAUCUCCUGGAUGAGCUUCUUCACCGUCUACCUCAUCAGCAGAGGCCCGUUCACCAUGGCAGUGCACGUCUUCGCCACGCUCUUCAGCGUCAUGGCCUUCCUCGGCGGCUACUUCCUGCCCAAAAUCUAUAUAAUUGCCCUGAGACCGCAAAUGAACACCACUGCCCAUUUCCAGAACUGUAUUCAAAUGUAUACCAUGAGCAAACAAUGAUGCUCACGUCCAUCCAUAUAUCUGCUGUAUCUAUGUAUCCAGAAUGUAGACAUUUUGUUUUGUUUUCAACAUAGUGGUGAUAUUUUCAUUUGCAGAUAAUCAUAAUUUACAAUGUGAUUAGAGAUAUAAAAGAUGUUAAUUCAUAUUUUAUUUUGCAUUGUUAUUUUUUAUUUAUAUAUAUAUAUAUUCUCCCUUUUAGGUAAAGGUUUUAGAUAAGUCUGCAGAGGGUUUCUACCUCACCUGCACAUG